GGUUCGACGACUACCUUCAGUCUGUAACCAAAUGCUGGCACAGUAAGAUCUUCGGUCAAGAACACUGUCUCCUUCUUUCCCUUUUUUCCUCUCUCUUUUAUGUCUCUUUUUCCUUUUCUUUCUUAAAACUCUCUUUCUAUAUACAUAGCUUUGUAUAUAUAUAUAUAGCUUACAUAAGGAGACGCUGAAAUGUAAUCAUUGACACGGGGAAUAAUAAAAUGUGGAUUAGUGUUGAUCUUUGAAGAAAGAAAAGAGAAAACAUCGAAAUAGCAGCAAAGGUAGGAGCGUGGUGAACAGAGAUAGGAAACUAUCGUGGCGAUUGGUCGAAAUUGUCGAGAGUGGAGUACCGCGUGUGGUAUGUACGGUGAUUAAUUGCUUUUCCAGCGGAAAGUAUCACGAAGGGUGCAGAGCGGGUGUUAUUCGGAUAGAGCAAGAAACGACGGUAGUCUCUGUCGUACGCAUGAAUCGAUAAAACAAAACAAAGUGAGAGUAAUCAAUUGCCAUCAUUUGGAGCACACCGGAAGUUAACCUCUUUACAAGAGACAGAGCGUCUAUCGUCCAUGGUCGCCAUAUUAUUCUCUCUAUUACUCUUACACUACUAAAGGAAAAAAAGAAAUAGAGACAGAGACGCAAAGGAAGUACGAAGUAUAUAUAUAUACGUACAUUUUUAUAUAUAGAGAGAGACGAUACGACACAUUCUUUUAUAAACAUGGCCGAUCCAUGAAAAAAAAAGAAAUCAGUGGCAUUGGGUGUAUGUGUGACUAUAGUAUAAAAUCGCGGGAAAUUCAAACGUGUCUUUCAUAUUUUUCAACAAGAAAUAGAGAGAGUGUGAGAGAAAGAGAGAGAGAGAGAGAGAAAAAGGGAGGGAGUCAUCGUGGCCCAUUCUCUCUCUCUCCCCUCUCCUUUUCUUCUCGUCAAGGCUGGACUAUGAGAUUUUAUCAAACGAAGGACGAAUGAUAUACACGAUUGACUUGGGGAAAUUAGAUUUUACAUUGGUGGUGUGUUUCAUAGAAGUAUAUAUAAUAUAUAUAUAUAUUGUUUAUGAUUAGUGCAGACUUACAAGUUCUGUGCGAUUGCAUCUCAUUGAAGAAAUUACAAUUGUUAGAAAAGUGAAAAACAGAUAGGGAUAAGAAGAGAGAGAGAAAGAGAUGGAAGAGAGAAUGGACGGCCAGCUAAGAGGGUUGUUGGUGCCACUAAAGGCUAUUGAUGUGAACUCCUAUAAUUCUUCAUUUUAUUCGCCACCAACCACAGAAGCAUCGCGAUCUGGCUACGACUCUAGUAGUGGUGAAGAUUCCGAAUCCGAAUAUAGUACUGGUAUCGUUCGACCAAGCAGCAGUCAGUCACAAAAUAAUACUGGCAACUCGAAUGUCAACUCUUAUAGCCAAGGGAAACAUAUUAAUAAGGGUCGCUGGACAAAGGAAGAGGACGCUCUAUUAAAGCAACUGGUUAGUAACGCGGAACAACUUGGUAAGGGAUUACGAUGGGACACUAUAGCUGCUCAUUUUCCCGAACGAAGCGACGUUCAGUGUCAACAGAGAUGGGCAAAGGUCGUAAAUCCGGAAUUAAUAAAGGGCCCUUGGACCAAGGAGGAAGAUGAAAAAGUUGUCGAGCUAGUGGAAAAAUACGGUCCUAAAAAGUGGACCCUUAUCGCGCGACAUUUAAAAGGCCGCAUCGGCAAACAGUGUCGUGAAAGAUGGCACAAUCAUUUGAAUCCAGGAAUUAAAAAAACAGCGUGGACUGAGGCAGAGGAUAAAAUAAUCGUCGACGCUCAUCGUAAAGUUGGUAAUCAGUGGGCUAAAAUUGCAAAACUUUUACCUGGAAGAACUGAUAAUGCCAUUAAGAAUCACUGGAAUAGUACAAUGAGAAGGAAGUAUGAAGCUGAAGAAGGAAGAUGCACCAUUAGUACGCGAGGGAGGCGUAGGAGGAAACCAUCGGAAACUAUAACGAUGCGAAAGGAUCUUUCGGUGGACGAAGAAAUAAGCAUGAAUAAUGCUCGAACGAAAUCUGCGUCGAACAGUAACGAUAAUAAUUUACCUAUAUCAUCCAGUAACGCCACUCAAUCGGUAAAAUUGGAAUCUUUUGAUUGGACCGGUACGUGGGAACAACAGAACAAUGAACAUUCGUAUAUUCAUUCUGCGCCAGAACGUGAACGGAGUAAUACGAAAGAAAGAGAAAUCGAGUCUUUUUCUAGACGAGCAGAUGUAUCUUCGAGAGUAAAAACGGAAGAUAUUUCGCCAUUUACGAAAUAUUUCAGUAUGGAUCUACAAAACGAAACUGUGGAUUCAAGAAAUGCUGAGAUAAGAUUACUUCCAAUGCCCGACUUGGAAGAAACCUCGACACAUCUUACUGAAAGAGAAAAAAGCAGUCCUCCACCGAUUCUGCGUAGACGUCGGAAUAUUCAAUCGGUUACACAAAGAACGGACAAUUCUGACAGUGGGAAUCAAUCGGACUAUUUCAUAAUAACUGGUCAACAAACGCAUAAUGGCAAUAUUACGCCAUCUACUCCCAUAAAACAACUUCCAUUCAGUCCUUCUCAAUUCUUAAAUAGUCUAAGUCCUGAAACGUCUGCCUGGCCUUGUGCAAGUACUCCAAAAUCUGACAGUCCUGGACCACUUACGACACCACAACCUACGGGUUUGCGACGAAAUCAAAACGACAUCAAUACUCCGAGAACGCCAACUCCAUUCAAAAACGCUCUGGCUGAGCUUGAACGACGAAGUGGCGCAACUACUCAGUUCCCUGCUACUCCUAGCCGUUUAGAUGCUUUAACUGAGAUUAUUAAACAAGAAACUGAUCGCGAAAGUAUGGCGAGUACCAGUCAUAUUAUUCUCCAAGAUUCUGGAUAUUGCUCUACUACAAGGCGGCGAGGUAAAGAGAACAGUGCACCUGGUGGAAAAAGAGCACGCAAAGCUCUCUGUCAGGCUUGGGGUGGAAAUGUUCCAUCUGACAAUGGAGAUAUGAGUUUUGUCGUUGAAACUCCGAGCAAAAGUUUGGACACUUCAGUGCUGUUCUCACCAGCGUCCAUGGCGUUAGAAGAUAGUUUCUUAACAGCAGGUCAAAGUCCCAUAAAGACUUCCCACGACUUGUUGUCCGUUCAGCGGAAGCCCAAUGCCAAGAGAGCAAUCACGUUCGAUGCGCUCGACAGCCCUUGUAUCCUCAGCCCUCUACCUCUGAGGCCAAUCAAACGUGCCAAGUUGCAUUUGGAAACACAGUGGGCUGCGGUUGCUUGCGGUCGUACGCGCGAUCAACUCGAAAUGACACGCGCGGCACGACGAUUUCUUAGCAAUCACGGCUUUUUACCAUUACGUCCUCGGUCCUUAAAUUUUUAAAGUUUUAGUAAGUUUUUCAUAGGAUGUCUUUGAAGGAUUAGAAGCUGGAAAUGACGAGCAUAGACAGAGCUUAAUUGUAAUUUUGGUACAAAAAAGAAAUAAAAGUUAAACAAAAUAAAUCAUUACGUUAAACUAGUCGGAGUUAAGCUAAUCAUUUGGCAUUUCCGUUUAAGGAAUUCUGCCA